AUGGAGGAUUUGUCGAAAAGUAACAUGAAAUUUGGUAUUGACCUCUUAAAAACUGUGGCUUCUUCCAAAAAGAAUGAAAAUUUGUUCAUGUCACCAUUUAGUAUCCAAACAGUGAUGGCGAUGCUUCAUGUUGGUUCCAGGAAUAAUUCAAAGAAAGAAAUUGAAAAUGUUUUGCGUUUUGAGUCUGAUGAGAUUCAUGCAUCAUUUGGAAAAUAUUUAGAAAUGCUUCAUCAGAAAGACUCAACUUAUUCCUUAUCUGCCGCUAACAAAAUGUUCAUCCACAAUAAAUUCGAGUUUCUUGACAGCUACCUCGAUACUUUAAAGGCAACAUACAAAUCAACUGCUGAGAAAUGUGAUUUUGGUAGAAAUCCCGAAGGAGAGCGAGAAAAAAUAAACGCUUGGGUGGAAGGAGAAACCAAUUCUAAGAUAAAAGAUUUAAUCCCAUCUGGAGUUCUAAACGGUUUGACUGCUAUGGUUUUAGCGAAUGCUAUAUAUUUCAAAGGCGAUUGGGAGAACAAAUUCGAGGUUAGCGACACAGUUGAUGAUCAGUUUCACGUAGACUCUUCCCACCACGCAUUGAAUAGUGAAAUCUUGGAAUUGCCCUACGUCAAAAAAGAUUUAAGCAUGUUCUUUAUUUUACCACGAAAAGUUGAUGGAGUUUCUGCUUUGACGGAGCAGUUGACAGACGAGCAUCUGGUACAAUUGAUGAGAUCUGUGUAUCCAACAAAGGUUGAUGUCAUGAUUCCAAAAUUUUCAUUAGAAUCCGAUCUAGAUUUGAAAACCAUUUUGAUCGAUUUGGGCAUUAAAGAUACAUUUGAUAUGAAUAAGGCAGAUCUUUCAGGCAUCAAUGGGAACAAGGAUUUGUAUGUCUCCGAUGCAUUCCAUAAAGCCUUCGUCGAAGUGAACGAGGAGGGAACAGAGGCUGCAGCUGCUACAGCAGCAGUCAUUAUGACUAGGUCCAUACAAAUUCCAAGGGUUUUCAAAGCAGAUCACCCCUUUAUUUUCUUUAUUCACGAUAAUCGAACCAAUAUGGUUCUCUUUUGGGGACAAUUUUCUAAGCCGAAGGGUGAGAUUAAACCAACACGACAAGAACUGUAAAAUGUUGCUGAAUCAACAACAAUGAUAAUGCAGACAGAAGCUGUGUCAUAUAUUAUAUUUUGAAUAAUUCUACAAUAUUUAUAUAAUGUUCCGAAAAAAAAAUUGAGAAAAAGAGAACGUUUGACUCAUUUACUUUUAUUCAUUACAGCUUUUGUAACGGACUACAAUUAACGUAGCCUAUGAUCGCCAGCCAGAGUUUCAGCAUAGUUUCAGUUACAAGACAAUUAUUUUAUUAUAUCCUCUAAUUAUAUAAUACGUGUUAUACUGUUAUCCACUUUGUAACGAAGAAUGAUGCAUAUACCCACCAAGUGCACCAGAAGUUAUAUUUUUUUCAAUUUGAAUGAAUUGUCAAUAAAACCAAUGUAAUUGUUUUCAAUUAUGGAGUCUAAAAACUUUGAUAAUUGGGAGUAUGCAUGAAUAUACUUGAAAUAUUUUGGAAUAUCCAAUUAAAAAUGAAUUUAGAAAUAUUAUGAAAAUUUACCAAAUGGAGUUCAUAAAACAUUACUCUCUU